UCUCUCUCUUUAUCAUUUUCAUCACCGCCAAGAAGCCUGUACAAUACAAUACAAUACACACUGCAAUACAAACUCUUUCUUUCCCUUCUCUUCCUCUUCCUUUCCCACUCCACCAAAUCUCCAAUGGCGGCCCAUCGCUACGCUCGCCUUCUCGCUUCCUCGCUGCAACUUCUGCUCUGUUCUUCCUUUCUACUGGCCGACGACUCCGCUCCGUCCGCCUCGCCCUGCGCCUUCCCCGCCGUCUUCAACUUCGGCGACUCCAACUCCGACACCGGAGGACUGUCGGCGGCGUUCGGCGCGGCCCCUCCGCCGCACGGAGAGACCUUCUUCGGAGCGCCUGCCGGCAGGUACUGCGAUGGCCGCCUCAUCGUCGACUUCAUCGCUCAGGGCAUUGGGCUUCCUUUUCUCAGUGCAUAUCUCAAUUCAAUAGAAGCAAAUUUCUCCCACGGAGCUAACUUCGCUACGGCAGGAUCGACCAUUCGAAGACAAAAUGCAACUCUUUUCCAAACUGGGUACAGUCCUUUCUCUUUGGAUGUUCAAACCUGGCAGUUUACACAGUUCAAAUCUAGAUCUCAGAUAGCUUAUGAGAAAGGGACAUUUAGAGAUGUAUUACCUCGAGAGGACUACUUCUCUAGGGCUCUGUAUACUUUCGACAUCGGCCAAAAUGACCUCACUUCAGGCUAUGUCAAUAACAUGACUACCGAGGAAGUGAAAGCAACUAUCCCUGAUAUCCUUGAUAAAUUCACUAUUGUCAUAAAGAGUGUCUAUGGCCAAGGAGGAAGGUACUUUUGGAUCCAUAACACAGGUCCCUUUGGUUGUUUGCCUUAUGUUAUAGACCGAUUUCCUAUCAGAGCACCUGAGGUCGACCACAUUGGCUGCGGAACUCCAUUUAAUGAAGUGGCUCAGCUGUUUAACGCCGAGCUUAAGCAAACUGUAAUCAAACUCAGAAAAGACCUCCCUAAUGCCGUAUUCACCUAUGUUGAUGUCUACUCUGUGAAGUUCAAACUCAUAAGCCAAGCCAAGAUGCACGGCUUUGAACACCCUCUUGUCUCUUGCUGUGGGCACGGUGGCAAGUACAACUACAACUUCCACUGGGGUUGUGGUUCUAAGGCCGUAGUGAACGGCACCGAGGUUAUGAUUGGGAAGGCGUGCAAGAAUCCUUUGAAGAGGAUAUGCUGGGAUGGAGUUCACUAUACUGAGGCCGCCAACAAAUGGGUGUAUGAUCAAAUAGUGGAGGGUGCAUUCUCAGACCCACCAACCCCUUUGAGAAUGGCAUGUCAAAGGCAGGCUCACUGAGAGCUACUACUACACCUCUGCCUGCCUUGUUUCACUUCGGCUGCUAAUCAAUAAUGCUGCAUGAGUUUUUGCGUGCAACUAAUAUUGUAGCAGCAAAUUAGCCCUUUGGUUUUGUGUGGUAGUGCAUUUGCAAGCACUUGAAUUCACCAAGUAGUAAAUUCAUAUCCAACAACCUUGCGCUUA